AUGGCUUUCGGGUUAAGUGUUGCACCGAAGUUCAUGGACGUAAUAGUCAAGUGGUGCACGCGCGAUCACGAUGGUGUUGACAAUUACGUUGACGAUCUGUACGUCCCGAAACCGCAGACGAAGGCUGUUGCGGAUACCCUCGAGCGCUAUGGCCUGCGCACGAAGCCAGCUGAGCCCGCCAAUUCCGCCCGAGUACUUGGACUUCAGCUGUUUACGGGCCAAGAUUGUCAAACCCGUUGGAAGCGUCGAGACGGAGUGAGUCUCGAGUGUGGCAAGCUGACCAAGCGUGGUGUAUUCUCGUGGUGCGGCCGACUGGUAUCGCACUAUCCCGUGUGCUCGUGGCUACGACCUGCCUGCAGCUUUCUGAAGCGCCUAGCGUGUCGUGAUGGUGGUGGUUGGGAUGAUGACGUCCCCAAUGAUGUGGUAACCUGUUGUGCCGAACUAGCAAGUCGCGUCCAAGAUGAGGAUCCGGCCACAGGCGUGUGGAAUGCGUCAGUAAACGAGCAGCAGCUCACCGUGUGGUGCGAUGCGUCUGAUGUCGCAUAUGGCAUUGUUGCCGAAGUUGGUGGUGAAGUCAUGGAGGACAAGUCUUGGCUUCGCGAUGCCGACGAGAAGAAACAUAUCAACAUCGCAGAAUUGGAAGCAGUAAUCCGUGAGUUGUCGACGGCAGUCGAAUGGAACGCCAGCAACAUCCGUCUUGUCACUGAUUCCAAGACCGUGUACGGCUGGGUGAAGUCGUGCCUGAACAAUGAGCGGCGUGUCAAGGUGUCCGGUCUGAACGAAGUGUUGGUUCGCCAACGACUAAACAUCAUCGACGACAUUGUCGCGACCGCGAAGCUGUCCGUCACCAUUGAGUGGGUAUCGUCCCAGCAGAACAAGGCUGACAAGCUGACGCGUGUCCCAGAUUUGUUCAUCCGCUGCUGGAAGAAAUCAGCCAAGCCAGAUGUAGUUGCUGCCGUCUCUGCACCCCCGAAGAUUGUGAGUGCUAUUGUGUUACAGGACAUUCUUGAUGCGCAGAAGUCUGAUCCUGUUGUUGUUAGUGUGAUUGAGUCAGUGCGUCAUGGUCGUGAGAUUUCCGACCCGGUAUUUAAGAAAUUGAAGUCUCAGUUGUCUGUAUCUGAUGAUGGUUACUUGUAUCGUAGUGUGAAGGUACCGCCGAAUGAUGUGCGUGUUGUACCAGUUGUGUCUCAGUCAUUGCAGCAGCGAGUGGUGUGUCGUGCCCAUGCUUGGGUCGAGGUUGUCCCAUUGGUUCGCCAUGAUGGUCCGUCUGUAGCAGCUGCGUUUGUGGAUGGAGAUCGCCGCCAGAAGCGAACAGCCGUAAUUGUUCAAGACACUAAUGGUCGACAUUCGGUGAAGACUGUCAAUAUUGAUCUAAUUAAGCCGUCAAGUGUGAGUGUGCCUGAGUAUGAUGAUGCAUGUGCUUCAAGUACUAGUGAUUCUGAUUCUGAUGUACCAGCCCAACCUCUUCAAGUUGGUGGUCAUCGUCUUCGCAACCGUGCUGGUCUCGUUCCUCCUGUUCGUUACCGUAGUUAA